UUCUUUUGCAACUCAUCAGAGAGAGAAUAAAGUAAAAAAGAUCAAAAUAAUCAUCCACAAUUUUGUUCUUUUUCCAUCUUACCUUUACAAUAUCGGCUCCGGCUGUAUAUAUUGGAGUGUGGUUCGGGAUAAUGCGCCACCUUUUUUAACGUCUUUUUGCUUGUUAACCAUCCACGACCCUAGCAGGCUCUUGUACGAGCGUAAGCAUGCCAACCUAUCGUUUUCGCGGGCCGUGACAUGGAAUUGUGCCAUCCGGCUAAGCACGCUUACGUGUAACAAGAAAUUGAGGGAGGUUGUUCUUCUAAGAAUCAACUUUUUACCUUCUUAUUAUUGUCUCAAGUUAACAACUAAGGAAAUCGAAAAAAAGAGAGAGAUAUUAAAAAAAUACAUUAGAUAGUUUUCUUUUUAUUUGCCCGCGAUGGUACUUAAAAAGAAAGAAGUCUAUACGGUGAUAACACCCAUCCCUAGCUUCAUACCCCGCCAGCUAGCAAUCGACAUUCUCCACAGCCACGGCGAAGUUAUAACUCUGAAUCCCCUCGUGCUCGAGUAUAAGCAAAUUAAGGCGCCUCGCGAUGCCGUGUCCGACGAAUUCUAUUCGACAUGGUACGAAAUUCACGAGCGAAUUCAAUAUGUUCCCGGUCUAGGAAGAUUUGGGUCUGGGAAAAUUACAUUCAACGGUUGCUUUCACGAUCUGCCAUGGGGUCUGCAAACGCACAUUUACGCGCCGAUGGGAGUCGACCUCCGAAACAAAUAUCGCAUCGGCGGAAACCAACCAGGGGUUGAACAACCCGAACAGCAAGAGAUUGGACUCGCUGCGCUCGGCGCGCCGAAGGAUGGAUUGUACCUGAGAGAAGACAUUGAGAUACGAUGUAAUAUCACCAUGGUCGGCAUAGUAAAAGCGCAGAUGAAGGCGGCUAGCAAACAGAUGGUAGAGAGGAUCAUCAAAAAGGCAGAACUACUUGACGCUGGAAUAUUGCAAGGAAUGAUCGAGGACGGCAAGAUCAGAACGUAUAAUCCGCACAAUAGCACUUACACUGGCGGGUUGAGCGUGGGCUCGGGGAUGAAAUCACCACCAUUAUCGCCAGCGAGCGCAUAUUAUCCACCCACGUCGCCGUCGAUACCAUAUCAAGUUCCGAGGCCAAUGUCGCUACAGCCAGGGAGCAGGCCAGGAACAGCGAAUUCGCUAAGCUACCCAGCGCAUUGGCAGUCUCAAUUACAGCAGCUCAACUCGAAUGAGCAAAAGAACCAACAGCAAUACGCCGAGCUGCCAAGUAACCAGGGAGCGCACGCCACCAGCCAGGGCGUGCUUAUGGAACUCCCCGGGGACUUCCAGCACCCGCAGCCGUCGCCGCGCUUACUCCAACCGCCCUACCCGUCGCCAACGUACGCGCACUACCAAGGCCGAAACUCGCCAUCCUCGACGCAAUCCCACUCCCCCGAGCUCAAGUCCUGGGGGUGGUCGCAGGGCCAGCCGAGCCCAUCCCUCACGAGCUCGCGGCCCACCUCGUACUCGUCGGAUGCGGGCAGUGCCGGUUUCGCGUCGCCCGGACUGGACCACAAGGGCUUCGCGGCCGAGUUGCCGACGCAUCAGGAGACUACGGAGGAACACCGUCACCAGGGCGCGCAGUCAAGGAGCUAUGCGUAUAAUCCGGCCCAUUACGCGCAGGUUCGGCGCUAACUGAAGAGAGAGGGAGAAGGAGAGAUAGACAGAAGGGACGAGUACUAAAAAAAAGGGGAAGGGAUGGAUGGUUAGACGGGCUUGG